AUGGCGGCGGGCACAGCGGUGGAGGGGGACGCACUCAUGGAGGAGCUGGUGGACCAGGGCCUGGGGAUGGAGGAGACGGAUCACGGCAUGCUGAGGAGGCCCUCGCUGAAGGAGAGCUACAACAGCGACUCACUGCUGGCUCCGGACACCGACUUCAUGACAGAUGACCGCAGCUCUGCAGCCAGUGGUCUGGAUGUGGCUGACCGACUGACCUACCUGGAGCAGAGGAUGCAGAUGCAGGAAGACGAGAUCCAGCUGUUGAAGAUGGCGCUGUCCGACGUCCUCAAGAGGCUCAACAUCUCUGAGGAGCACCAGGCUGCCGCCGCCGCCGCCACCGCUGGCAGGAGGGCGCCGGGUGGUAAAGCCAGGCCAGUCUCUCUGGCUCUGCCCACCAGGCAUCCCAUGGUCUCCACAAGUUCUGCCUCCCUGAAGAAGAGCUCCACGCUGCCCUCCAGCUCCACAGCCAGGAACUACAGCCCCACGCCACCUCGCAGUGGUGUGAAGAGCCCAGCAGGGAGUGUGAAGGACAGCCCAUGUAAGACGCCCAAAUCACGGCCCUCGUCUGCAGCCUCCUCGUGUAAAAAGGAAUGCAGCAGCAAGACUAAGGAGGAUGCAGUAAGUGCAGGAACCAGACGUGUGACCCAGUGCAAAGUGACUAUGCAGAUCUAUCUGAGCCCCCAAGCAAGAAAGACUGGAUCUUCUGAGACCACCAAGUCGGCGUCCAAGGUGCCCGGCGGCAGCGGGCCCCCUGCGGCGCCUGGCAACCCCCCGGCGAGGGGGGGCGGCAAGACGGAGAAGAGGAGGUCUGCCCCGUCCUUGACCCUGAACCUGCAGAAGACUACGACCAGCCAGAGCACGCACCAGGACACUUCCAGCCACAAGAGCCCCAUGAAGUCACCCAGCCAAUACUUUCAGAUUUGUUACUGA